UAAAGCAAGAUAUAAAUCUUUGCUUUUCGUAUCCUGUCCUGACAUUGUUCUUUAAAGAUUAAAUUUAAAAUCUAGCAACAAAAAAAAGACACCAAUUCUGCAUGCAAUAUAACGGGUAUAUCCCUGGUAAAAAUGUUUAAAAGAGAAGGGGCACAAUCAGGUUAAAAAAUUCAAAUCCCCUCAGCCAAAGCGAGAUGUUCAGUGGAUUGGUACUCAAAUGUUAAUGACAUUAGACGAUUUUCAUCAUAAGACUAAUCGCAUUUCAUUUAAUUUCCAUUUUUGCUAGAGUUUUGAUCUGGUAUAGAAAAGAUUCAGGAACUUUGUUUUAAUUUCCACAACGGGAGCAUUAAAACAUCACUUUCUAUAUUUCCACUAGAGGGCAUCUGUUAAAUUUAAAUUAGGAAAAAAUGGGACCCUGCACUGUUACACCACCUAUAGGUCAGAAAUAUGACUGCAAAAUUUCUUUGGUGGAAGCGUAUAAUCUUUUCCAAACUACAUAACUGAAGCGUAUCUUUAAGCUCAGAUGCAGGUUUUAGCACAUAAAAUCAGCAAUGUAAUAUAUCACAAGGCUUCCAUUUGUACUUUUCCAUUAUCCCCAGUCUCGAGCCAUGCAGUGAAUGAUUACAAUACAUUGUAACCAUGGUUUCCAAACAACCAUUCACUGCAUGGUUGUUUGGAAAGCCUCAGCUAACACAUUCAUAGAUAACUCUUAUCACCUCAAAGCAGACGGACUUCCUUCAUGUCAUGUGAACUAUAACUGUGCGGUGCUAUUGGUGCACUCCUCACCCUGACGCCGUUCAAUUUGAGGUUUUAUAUCUCUGUGCUCACUACGCAUCAGUUAGGAGGGGGAAAAGUUUCAGAAGAUCUUCCUAAUGCUCAAACUGGACAACAGCAGACAGUUCAUAAGGAUGACUGACAUCAGCAGAAGAAAUCUUGAGAUUGGCCUGACACAGAAAGGAUGCUGCUCCACAGUGUGACCUUAGCUGUUUAUCUUCUCCUGGCCUCAUCAACUGCCCAGUCCUGUGUGUUUUCAGAGCUCCAGCCAUCUGGGUUGAGAGUCAACUGCAGCUCUUUAGACCUCAUGGAGCUGCCUCAUCUUCCUUCAGAGACCACAGAACUGUUUGUGCAAGACAACCAGCUCACCUCAGUGCCACCGGGAAAGUUUGACCAGUUGGCUAACCUUAGAAAGGUGUCCAUGUCUCCGAACCCGUUCCGCUGUGACUGUAGCAUCCAGUACCUGAGGUACUGGCUGCUGAAGAACAGGGCUGUUGUCUCAGAGGAGCCUUUAUGUUCCAGUCCAGGCUCUGUAGCUCAGAAAGUUAUCACUGACCUAAGUGAUACAUACUUCUCCUACUGCACCUUUCCACUCGUACAUCAAAUAAGCACCUCAGGCUGUGUUUAUGUCUCUUACAACACCAUCGCAUCGGUGAUGCUGUGCUGCAUUAUAAUUCUGCUUUUGUGGAGCUUAAUACUUGCCAGAAAAUCUACUUUCACCAUAUAUGUGGAAGAGCGACAUUCAGGAUUUGAGGCGGACUCUCUGCGCUCACUGAAACCCAAACACAGGAGGAGGCUGCACACAGAACUGUCAGGGCUGAACGCCGACUCUGAUUCUAACAUGGACUUACUCCAACAAGUGCUAGAAACAUUACACAAGAAGCACAAUAUAAAGAUAAAGGCCACUUAACAGACUUUUAUUCAUACUUUAGCAGAACUACAAGUACGUAUAGUGGGAAGUGAGGCUCUGAGGGUUUGCAAAGACGCUACAUGGGUGUUUUAUGAUUUGUUUCCGUUCUAAACCGCACCAGCCCAUUUAUCAGAAACUUCACCUCUGUGAGUUUUAUUUCAUUUGUUUUUACAUUUUACGAUCCAAACAAAUUUUGCUUAAAUAAAUGUGAAAACUUUC